CUGUAAAAGAAAAAGGUUCUUUGUUAGUAUUAUCGAUUCGAGCCGCCCGUAAUUAAUCCCGGACUGGAACGCAAGUGAGACGCUCGUGUUCUCCCAGCGGCCGGGGAUGCAUUUGCUGUGAGCACCGGCCGGGCGGAAGUAGCUGAGACUGAGGGCUCGCGACUGCCGUACACAGUGUGUGAGCGCUCCGUCUCCUGUCCUUUCUCGCUCCUGGGCUCUUCCCCUCCUCCCCUCCCACCUCAUGGCUGCACACGCCGACAUUGAUAUCGAGGACGCGACGCAGCGCCUUCGGGACAUCCUGAAGCUGGACCGCGGCGGGAGCGGCGCCGACGGCGCCUCGGCGGAAAGGCAGAAGGCCCCCUUCAACGGCGACCUGAAUGGGCUGUUCGGAGCAGAUGCCCCGUCCGGGGGGGAGAGAGCCGCCCCGGCUGACUCGACCGCCCGUGGCGUGGACGUCGGCGCCCGGGAUCGACAGAUCAUCUGCCUCACUGGAGAUGACAGCUCCACCAGCAUUGCCAUCUUCGGCAGCAAUGUCGAGAUUGUUGCCAGUCACGACUCCAGCAUCAAUAGCAAGGCCCGGGGCAGCAACAGGGUUAAAAUCCAGCCUGUGGCAAAAUAUGACUGGGAGCACAAAUAUUACCAUGGCAAUCUCAUCGCCGUCUCGAACCUCCACCUGGCGUACACCAUCAGGGGUGCCAAUAGCUAUGCCAUGAUCCGGGUGCUGAGCCUGGGCACAGCAGAGCGUACUCUGCUGAAGGGCUUCACAGGUGCGGUCACCGACCUAGCCUUCGCCCACCUCGACUCCAACCAGCUGGCCUGUCUGGACGAGGCUGGAAACCUGUUUGUAUGGCUGCUCACCAGCCAUGGUGGCAAAAUCCAAGAUGAGAUUGUCGUUUACAUCCAGAGGCCUGCCGACACACCACUGAACCUCAACCGGAGGCUCAUCUGGUGCCCCUUCAUCCCUGAGGACAACGAGGAGAACCCCGAGGAUGCCUGCCAAACCCUGGCCCUGCUUCAUGAGGACCGGGCGGAAGUGUGGGAUCUUGACAUCCUUAUAGCCAACAACAGCUCGUGGCCAGCAGACGCCACUGAUCUGAAUGAUGGAUUUGUCACGGUCAGGGGACACCAGGCGCCAAUUAGCGAAGGCGCCUUGUCUCCGGAUGGGGCCGUCCUUGCUACAGCCAGCCAUGAUGGAUACGUCAAAUUCUGGCAGAUUUACAUUGAAGGGCAGGAUCACCCCAGGUGCCUGCAUGAGUGGAAACCCCACAGUGGGAGGCCGCUGUCAUGCUUGCUCUUCUGUGACAACCACAAGAAGCAGGACCCUGAUGUGCCAUUCUGGCGUUUCCUUAUCACGGGAGCGGAUCAGAACCGGGAGCUUAAGAUGUGGUGUACGGUGUCCUGGAGUUGCCUGCAGACAGUCAGGUUCUCUCCAGACCACUUUAGCCCCUCUGUAAUGCCCACUCUGAAGGCCAGUUUGGACCUAUCAGCAGAAUUCUUGAUUCUCAGUGACGUGCAGAGGAAGGUCCUAUAUGUGAUGGAGCUGGUGCAGGACCAGGAGAAGGGCAUGGCAGCCUUCACGGCCAUUUCAGAGUUCCUCCUCACGCACCCUGUCCUUAGCUUCGGCAUCCAGGACGUGAGUCGUGGCCGCAUGCGUCACACCGAAGUCCUUCCUCCUGACGAGGAGAGCGAGAGCACGACAAACGAGGGAAGUCAUGGAGCCCUGGAGGCAAAAGCUGAUCAAACCAUACAGAUCAAACUGUACUGCAUCCACACCAAGUCUCUCCAGGACGUACAGGUCUGCUUCCAGCCUUAUCUUGGUACUGCCGAUGUCACACCUCACGACAACUCGCAAGCCAGCUAUGGUUACGUGGAUCACCUUGCAGAGACAGGCAUCGAAGGUUUGUGUUCUGACAAGGGGUCCCACUUCGAUUCCCAGAAUGACCUGCAGAGAAUCCCCUCCCUGCCAACUUCUGUUGACUUCCUGUCUCCUGUUGAUGAUGCCAAACCGAAACUCAUGACCCCUGAUGCCUUCAUGACACCAACUGCUUCGAUACCAGCCUCCCCAGGUGGUGGUUCUAACAGCCUGACCCCAGCAACCCCUAUGAGCCGCACUCCUGGCAGCUCCAGUGGCAGGCCUGUAGAGGAUCCCAUUCAGAGCCCCAAGAUGUCGCUGGAGAGUGGCAGCCUUUCUCUGAGCAGUAUGGCCUGCAGUAGUGCUGGACUACCCCCCAGCUCCUGCUCCAACAUCAUCCUCAUCCCAGGCCUGGGUGACCAGCUGCCCAGCAACAACAUCCAGGUAAUCCCAUCCCCCAAACCACCGCUCUCGCUGGACCUGCAGGCCAUGGAGCCACUUUUGGUUCUGCAGGCAUCCCCGACUAGGGAGCGUUCCCCGGAUGUUAUCUCUUCCGCCUCAACAGUGCUGCCUCAGGACAUCCCCGAGAUUGCGUCAGAGACAUUACCACGGGACCCGACUCUUCAUGCCGAUUGCAUGGUAUCUGCUGCUUCUGCGCUGCACAUGCUCUCCCCACGGACCCCAAGGGGCUCGGAGCACAGCGCAGGGACAGGAGUAGGAGGACUUGAGGGAGAACGAAUUGGCUCCACCCCCUCGCUCUUGGAGGCUGCCUUGUCACAGGAGAACACAGGUGUCUGCUCGGAGAGCAGCUCAAGCCAACCAUGGCCUGCAGCCCCAGACAUAACACGCGAGACGCGCGGCAGCCUGCGAGACAACAACCUGUCAGACUGUUCCCACAAGGAGAUGAAAGAGAAACACAAAGCUUCUCUGUAUCACAGACACUCGUACAGCCUCACCCAGAAUGACAGCCAGGAUGCAAGUGCUGAGCAAAGUGACCAUGAUGAUGAGGUUACAAGCCUGGCUUCAUCCUCAGUGAACUGUGCCUCCAAAUCAUCUCGCAGACUACAGGUGAAAGACUGGAAGGUUUCACCAAGAAGUUCGCCAAAGCUCAAGAGAAAGAGUAAAAAAGAUGAUGGAGAUUAUUCACAGUACAGACAAAUUGAUCAGAAGUUUGCACAACUGGACUCAGACUUGCAGGAAGAGCUGAUCCUCCUGCUGCGCGGCCAGCAGCAGGACAUUGCAGAGCUGCGGCAGAGUCAACUAGAGGUGCUGCAGAGGUUCGUGGCCCACCUGGACACCAUGCAGCGCUCCAUUGUGGACCAUGUGGAGCAUGUAAUGGCGGCCCAGCAGGAACGGGACCAGCAGAGGAUGCAGCACAUGGUGUCGGCAGAGCAGGACCACAGCCGACAGCUGCAGGAGCAACUCUCACAACAGCUGGCACACAGCCUAACAACAAGUGUCUCUAAUCGCCUGGACAAGCUGUUCCGGGAUGAGCUGAGGAAGACCCUCCCCCAGACAAUCUCCAGGAGCCUGGAACCUCUCACCGGGCAGCUCAGCAGUACAAUCGGAGCCAAGCUGACAGCUGUGGAGGGAAUGCUCAAGGAGAAUGUCAUAAAAGUCGUCAAGUCAAAGAACACCAUGGACACCAUUGGCAGGGCAGCGGCAGAGGCCAUCCAGGGCCCCAUCCAUGCAGCCUACAAGGACACCUUCCAGGGUGUGGUGUUGCCAACAUUUGAGAAGGGCUGCCAGUCCAUGUUCCUGCAGAUAAAUGACAGCUUCAGGCAGGGCACAAAUGAAUACAUUCAGCAGCUGGAGAGUCACACAAAGAGCAGGAAACAGCGGGAGCAGGAGCCCCGGAAUCACCUAAUUGGCCAGCUGCAGACCCUCAUUGACACCCUACAGACCUCCAUUGACCAGCUGGCUGCCAGCAUCACAAGCAGUGUGCGCUCUGAGGUCCAGCACCAGCUACACAUGGUCGUGGGAAACCUGCAGGACUCAAUCCUGGCACAAGUCCAACAGGCUGUCAAAGGCGAGGUCACCAUGGCCAUGAAGGAGCAGCAGGCUGCAGUCACCUCCAGCAUCAUGCAGGCCAUGCGCUCAGCCGCUGGCACGCCCAUCCCCUCAGCCCACCUGGACUACCAGGUGCAACAGACCAGCAUACUGCAACUGCUGCAGCAAGGACACAUCAAUCAAGCUUUUCAGCAGGCCCUGUCAGCGGCCGAUCUGAACCUUGUCCUGUAUGUCUGUGAGACGGUGGACUCCCAGCAGGUAUUCGGGCAGCAGCCCUGCCCCCUGAUUCAACCUGUGCUGCUGUCGCUCAUCCAGCAGCUUUCCACCAACUUAACCACCCGCUCCGAACUAAAGAUCAGUUACCUGGAGGAUGCCCUGAUGAACCUGGACCAUACCAACCCUGUAACGCAGGACCACAUGAGCUCAGUACUGAGCCAGCUAAGGCAGAAGCUCUUCCAGUUCCUGCAGCUGGACCCACAUGGGCGACUCCACAAGCGAGCACGACGCCUGCUGCUAAUGCUUCAGGGCCUGGUCAGCCGCUAGGACCCUCACCAGUUCUGCUUUCUGGGCCCCCCCCCCCGGAGGUUCUGCUUGCACUGUGGGCUGGUGCUGUGAUUAUUUAUUCUUCUUGCCUUUUGGUUUUACUCCAUUCCUGACAUAUUUUGGCUGUCUGCAGUCUUAUUUGGCCCUUUUUUCUCCCUUUUUUUUUUUUUUUUUUUUUUUUUUUUGGUUCUUAUUUUGACAUGAAGAAAUCCACUAAUUUUACUGUAACUACAGGUGGAAGAUUUCCACCCCCAUUUUUUCCUUGAGAAAAAAAAUCAGUCCUUGUCUGUCUGGGAGGAAGUUAAAACAUGGUAUUUACCGCUUUCAUUUCCUUCAUUAUCUCAAAAGUAAUGAAAGUAUAAAAACACUAGGAUUAAUCAGGAGCAGAAAAUAUUUCCUUUUUCGGGAAGUGUCUUUCACAUGCUUGUUGCCUCUGUAUGGACUUCAGAAAUGACCUCCUGUUUAGGUUGAACGAAAGCUGAAGUCUCCUGGAUUGCUUCUUUGCAAUAGGUGGAAAACAUAUGUUCUGCUUAGCAAAGCUUUUCUUUCCAGUACAUGUGCAGUCACCUCCAUUUCUUCCAUAAUACCUUUGUAUCUUUCCUUAAUAUUGAAUCAAAGACUUCAAGUGCUUGGACUUUUUCUUGGGUUCUACAAAUUUCUAAGUGUUUAUGUAGGUUUCUGUCUACUUAGGAAAGCAAAAGCACUAUGUUUUUAGAAGUCAGGUCAGUUUAUAAUUUACACUAAAAUUGACAUAGUGGUUUUUUAUGUUGUUACACUUUGUGGGUUGGCUGUCAGAUGAGGCCCAGAUAGCAGCAAUAAGCUUGGUGAGAAAAGUUUGUAUAUUCUGGUGAUUAAUGUAACUUGACCCUCCCUCAUUUUUUGGUGUAAACAGUUUCUUAUAUAAAUGUAACAGAAUGAUGACUAUCAUUUCACAAAAUAAAAGCUCACACAUUAAGUGUGACGGUUAAUGCACUACAAAUAUUUAUGCAAUGCUGCAUAUUCUGAGACUGCAGUACGAUUUCUUGUCCCAAGAGGGCAGUCCUGGGGUGACUAAUGCUCAGUAUUGUUUAUAUCAAAGAUAACCAAAAAUCUUCCUUUACUCAAAGAAUAUAUGUAAUUGUUACGCAGUUUAACACGCAAUUGGCCAAAAGCUGUAUGUUUUGUAAAUAUACAGAGUUAAUAUUUAGCAAGUGUUUCUUUGAUUUCAUAUGAAGGUUCUCUUUGUUCAAAAGUGGUCAUCUGUGCUUAGCUGUUAAAAGGGUAAAGCUUGAAGCUUAACUUUAUUUUCUGAUGAAAUUUAAGCCUUUGAAUGUGCAUUUACAGCAAUGCCUGAAGUUGUUUUUGGGGCCCUUACACUGCAAUGAAGGUAUCAUUUUUUUGAGUGGCAAGUAAGAGUUGGUCAUUAUACUAUACUGUAUAUACUUUGGGUCAGGGGUGUUGAAUCAAAUCCCAGGAGGGCCGCCUAUUCUUUUUCUUGUUCGUCUCAGAACUCUGUCAAUUAAGAUAAUUACGAUAGAAUUUGACACUCACAUGCUUUUUGCAAUUAUGAAAAGCUCACUGGUUUUUUUUUUUCCUGUUGUUUGAUUUCCCCAGACAAAAGCCAGAUAAUCUUAUUUGUCAUCCAGUCUAACUUUAAUUGAUCAUUACGGCAUUUGCAGGGCAUGAUCUGAGAACCUUCCUCUGGUUGUAUUGGGACAGCUUCCUUCCAAAGUGCAGGAAUUCUGUUUGUGCCUUAGGAACUUACACUUCCAUUUCUCUUAAAGAUUGUACAUUUGGCCUAAAAUAUAUAGUGGUCCAUGUGACACUUUUGGUAUGGAAUAUAAAUUCAUUGUGUAUGAUCUCCUUUUCAGUCACCAUUAUGGAGACUUUUUUUUCAAAAUGUCAGUUCUUUACUGAACACCUGUAUAAAGUGGUGAUGGUCAGUUCAAGCCCUGUAGAGCCCUUCACUGUAUGUGUGUGGUGCAGUAAGUCUGGCUGGGUGUAAAACUGUGAUUUGCUCAGUACUGCAGACACGGUCGAUAUUGAAGCUCCAUCCAUUGUACAGUUCACUGCACGUUCUGCACCUUCUGUGGGCAGGAUGCAAAACGAGUGUUUGCAGGCAGCAGGAGAACAUUACUCAUUUUCUAUACCUUUGGACUGGUUGAAUUUGAUUCUCAGGAAAAUGGGAAGUGUAUGGAAUGAAACUGGUCUGUCUUGGGCUUAAAAUUAUUUGAAAUUAACUUUUAGGAUUUUCAAUCAUUACGGUUUAGGUUUCCUUUUAUAUUACUCAUUAUUUGCACAAAUUACAUAAUCUGCAAAUGUCAACUUAAAGAUUCUGGCCAUAUUGACAGUGGUGUGGAAUACUACAUAUUACUGUACUGGAGUCACAGGAAGAAAACGGUGUUAACCAGACUUCUGUGUUUCCUUGUUUCUUUUCCUUGUUGUUUAAUUAUUCACCUAUUGUAGGAGUUUUGGUAAUUGUGGCACACAACCAAAAGGAGCUGUAAAUGGUCUGGCUUGUCAUGAGCACAGCAUUGCCAUCAACUGCAUGUCACGCUCUGCAGAAGCUUUGGGACAUUGUGCCCAGUCAGUAUCCUGUGUGUCCCUGGACCAUAAAGAGACACUUUUGAACAGCAGAGACGACAAAGAAUGACAAACCUCUUUAAAAUGCGUAGUUCUGUAAAGGGCCGCCACCCUUUGUGAAUUCCUGUGGUAAAAUGCCAGGUUUUUCCCCAUUGCUUCAGUGGCGCAUGCUCAAAUUUUAUCCGUCAUUUCAGUUCCUUCUGUUCAAAUGUGAUGGUAUGAAAGCUUGCCCAUGCUUCUGUUUUCCUUUUCAGUUCUGUUUAAUGCUAACCAAAUAUAUUUUAAUGUUGUUUCCAGGUUAUGUUAAAGAGCUAGUGCCAAGAGUCUGGUUUUUUGGCAUGCAUAAUAUAUACCCUGUAGAACAAAGAGGUAAAAUUGGCAGAAAUGAAACAAUGUUGCAUUCCUGUCUUCUGUAACUACAAGGUAAACACGAAAUGUCCCUGGUUCGUCCCUUCUCGUCCCUCGGGAUCGUGGCUUUGGUUUGGCUGGAAUGGUUGCUGGUACCUAUAAUCCUGAAGCCUUUGCUCAUCUUCAGGUAGUUCAGUGCUAUUGAAAGGUAGGAUAUUUCACAGUUUCUAGUAUUCGCAUUUAGUCAGGUUUGAAUUUAAUCAGGGUUAAGCAAAACAACAUGGACAUACAUGAAUGUUGGAAUGUGGCUUGCACAUAUGGUAUAUUUUUUAAAUAUAAAUAAUAUAUUUUUCCUGUAAUUAUAGUGAGGUUUGUGUGGUUUUUUCUAGUUCGUGAUAUUUUAUUGAUUGUGUUUAGGCUGUUACUGUAUAUGUUUUGC